AGUGCCUUCUAAGAUUUAUACAGUUGCACCUGCAUAGCAUCAGCUCGUCAUCGUCUACUUAGCGUAGCCCCAAAGAGACGAGCAGAUAGGAGAGCGCCGCGACGCGUCUCCCCGAGUUUCUACCGACUGACGGCAGAUGGUCGGACUUAAGUGGGGGGCCAAGCGCCGACGGAACAGCACCGAGUUCAAUUUUCAGUCCAACGCGAACGUUCUGACUUGAGACGGGCACGCUCCAGGCCAUCUACUACAACGAGGCGCGUUCACACUCAUUUCCCCCCCCUUUACGCACCGACCAGCCAGUUCGAAAUCGAAAAGUUCAGUGGCUCUCGCAGUGAAAAUUUAAAAAUCCGAAAAAAAAAAUUUUUUUUUUUCGAGUACGAGUGAAGUGGUUUCCCAUGUGAGCGGGCUUCAGUUAGAGCAGGGUUAGAGCCGUCUCCAAUGCUGACAUAACCCAGGGAUGUCCAGUGCGCGUAAAGAUGCGUCAUCGCCGCCGGUUUCUUCGACGACGGCCAAGCCAUCUUCAGAGACCAAGGGUGGAUCGUCUGCAGGGUUCCGAAUCGCCACCGCGCCGCUACUGCGUUCGUCAGUGAGAAAUCACCACGCAUUAUUCCCGCACUAGACAUGUAUGGAAUAUCGUACGAAAGAUGCCUAUGUUUUAUAUUUUUAGUGAUCUUAGCCUUCUUAAGUUGUUGCUCCGGUUUCCGCAUAGAUAGCCUGACCAUGACAGACGUCAGCAACAGCAGGAGGAACCUGUCUCUCGAAUCCUCGCCGUCCGACUUUAUGAACAGACUGUAUGCGACAGGCGGCGAUCUGACCCACCGUCACCGGCAUCACCACAGAGCUGUGAGGGCGCAAAACGGCGAUGGCGCCCCGCGUAAGGGUCGCAGGAACCGGCCUAGCAGCCCGUGCCCCAAACAGGACAUUUCUCAGAAGGCUUUCCUCGCCAACACCGUCGUCGUGGCCAGAACAGAAGCCGUAAGUGUCCGCUCGCGAACGCACAAAUACUCUGUACUGUUCAAAGUUCAACGAAAACUCAAAUCUCCCUCCGCCUUCCCCCUCAUCGAUGAGUACAUCCAACUCUAUUUCCUCAACGACACCACGUCCCAAAGAGCGCAGCAGAGGUGCGAUAGGAACCCUACGAAGCUAGUCAGAGCCAACAUUCAGCAGUCCAGAGAGUACCUGCUGUUCCUCAACUCGUACGGUGCCCACAACUACACGGCCAUUGGUUCUCCUGAGCCUAUCAGGAAGCACAAACUGCCCAAGGUGGUGCAGAAGGUCAUCAAUCCAAACUUCAGGAUACGACCGCCACGGGUGAUGGAGAUUGAGGACAAGUCAGUUACUGCAAAUAGUGGUAGAAAGCGACGACUGAAAUUGGUCUGCAGGAGCAGAGGCUUGCCCAUUCCAACGCUAAGUUGGUCCCGCAACGGCACUAACAUCCACCCUAACCAUAGGAUCAGAAUAACGUACAAAAAGAGGAGUAGUACGUUACUUAUCACGGAACCAUCCGUUAGUGACCAUGGGCGGUACGCGUGUACGGCGCGAGGUGUUAGUGGCAAGCCAGCAUCGACGUACUUCGACUACCGUGAUUUCAGUGUACAUAGUGAGAAUUCUGAAGCAACUGGUACCUAUACUCUCUUCUCUACCAUUCGUGAUCGACCUUGCGAACCCGAAAUGGAUAAACAUUACUGUUUUAAUGGUGGAACAUGUCACUACGUAAUGAAAAUGCAAGAAUUGUAUUGCGUGUGUCCUGAUGGUUACACGGGCCUUAGAUGUGACAGCAAACUGCCCAGCCAAUCCAGUAUGUAUCCCUCAACGCCAUCUUUGUACACGUGUAAAAUGGGCCUCUCGACCAGAUAUUUCUGUUAGCGCCGGCCCUGUCCGCCGCAGGGCCGGAUCCGGCUAAUGGACCCCCCUGCGCGCGGAUAACAAUCAUUUCUAUAAUUUUUCGUUACCGAUGUACAUAUGCAUUCUACAAACUAACGUGAUCAAAUUGUAUAUUUGUACACUAUCCUAAUUUAUAAGACUGUUAAUAGUUCGUUAAGGAAACAAACAGUCACUCUACUAAUUUUUUAGUAUCCUUACCUGAAUUCAAUAAUAUGUGAUAUCGUUCUGAUAUUAGGAGUCCAUUCUUUCAGUUUAAAUCUGCAUUUUCUUCAACAUUUCCAUCUCUUUAUCUUUUCGAGGACAGUGUGAUUUCUACCGAACGAAUGGGUGCUCAAAAUUUUGGAAUUAUAGAGAAACUUGGUACAGAAUUAUGACGAAUUUGCCAACUGAAAAUUUGUUUCAGUUAUAAAUUUAUUAUUUAUUAGCUAACUUCAUUAUAGAAGUACUUGUCUAUUUGUUUUAAAAUAACUUAUUUGAAAUCUUUCCUCAAUUUUUACUGCCAAUAUAGAGUCAUUCUCUAAAGAUGGCUUGGUUCUUUGUUAUUUCCAAAGAAUAUGCAUAUAGUUGCCAUUUGUGAAAUAUUUUUUUUAAAGAGAAAAUUCUCGAAAUUGAAUUCUGGUAAAUAAUACCUAUAUAACGUCAGGGACCGAUUUUACUUGAUUUUUGUAUAAAGCUAUGUAGAUAUAUUUAUUUAUUACAUCUAUUACUCACAACAAAUUCUGAAUUGUUUAUAUAACACAACCUAAAAGAAUAGUUGUAAAACUUGAUAAUAAAUUAUUACGAACAAAUCA